AUGCCAGACUCCAAACUCAGCUCUUCGAUCGCCAUUGUAGGCGCCGGCGAUGUCGGUGCUACGAUUGCCUUCUCUCUCAUCAUGAACCCCGUCGCCGGCGAUAUUCUGAUGGUCGAUCCCAAGGAGGAAGUCAGAGACGCGCAGAUUCAAGAUUUAUCGGAUGCUACAUUUCACGGCGACACGAGCACACAGAUACGGGCAGGCACCCACAAAGAGGCAGGACAAUGCGACAUCAUCGUCUUUACUGCCGGCGCGAAACAGAAGAAAGGCGAAUCACGCGCCGACCUAAUCGGCCGUAAUAAAUCGAUUCUCGAAUCCGCAAUAUCUGACAUGCAGCCGUUUGCAAAACACACAAUCCUUCUGCUCGUUGCCAACCCUGUCGAUGUGAUCACCUACUUCGCACAGAAGUACUCUAACCUUCCUAAGUCGCAAGUCAUCGGCUCUGGUACCUUCCUCGAUAGUGCGCGUUUGCGCGGUGUUCUCGCAGCGAAGGCUGAGGUUUCCGCAUCCAGCAUCGACGCCUACGUCCUCGGCGAACACGGCGAGUCACAAUUCGUAGCCUGGAGCGCCGCAUCGAUCGGCGGCGUGCCUCUCGAACAGACACUCCUGCCAAACACCAAACUGGACAAAGCCGCCAUUGCAGAAGAUACGAAGAACAAGGCCACCAGCAUCAUUGAGAACAAGGGUGCGACGAACUAUGGCAUUGGCGCUGUGACUGCAAGUAUUUGCAAGAGUAUACUGUCUGAUCAGAGGAACAUCAGACCGGUGAGCCAUUACCAGGAGGAUUUGGGUGUGUGCCUGAGCAUACCGGCGGUGAUUGGGCGGCAAGGUCUGGUCAGGACGAUUGAGGUGGGGCUUAACGAAGAGGAGAAGACGAAGCUGAAGAAGAGCGUGGAGGCACUCAAGGAGAUCAUCAAUGCAUGA